AAACAAUUGCCACCGUUAGAGAGCUGCAAAAGUAAAUCCCCAGUCAGUGUCUGAUGCGAGUUACUUACCUUACAUGUUUGUCAAAGCAAUGGCAUGCCACUUUUAUACAUUCCAUGCAAUCAUCCGGAGAAUAUCCGAGUCAAAAGAAUGAAGUAUUUUCUCGUCUUAUUCAUCGCCAUAGCUGUAGGGAUAGAGUCUCGAUCUCUGAGCCCAUAUUCAAGUUUGGAAGAAGCAGUCAGAGCGCACUCCGAACCUCCAAUAGAGAGUCCAUUCGACAUUUCGACGAUAGAGAUGCUGCCAGCUACAGAAGACACUAACUCCUUUAGUGGCGCACCCCUAAGGGAACCGGACAACGAUAUAGAAAUGAAAAUUACAAUUGGGCCAGAAGAUCCGAGGUCAUUCAUUAUCUCGCAGAUUGAAAAGUUUGAAAAAUUGGCGACGGAAUUUGCGCAAGCAGAUCACGGAGAACAAGCGCCGCUCCCAAAUCCCGAUUUGCAGACAGAGUGGCUGAGCCAGAAGCUCAAGUUCAUUCUGGACGAAGUUUCUGCAGAAAAAAGCUCGAGUAUCAAGCCUACCGUCAACAGUAUCGCUGAAUCGAAAACCCCGUCCUUGCGCGUAUUAGAAACCGGCAUCAGCUUCACGAACCUUGUUGACUCCGUUGAAAAAUUCGAAAUCUACGACCAGGACCGCCAAGGCGAUGUCGGACACGUGAAAUCCAGGUAUGAGGAUUCAUCCGACCCUAUUUCUCCGAUUCAGGACCGUGUUCCUGGCCUAGAGGUCAUGGAUUUUUACAGCAGUAAUAAGACGAACGAGACAAAUUUUUCCGAGGAGCUGGACGCAAUUCUUUCCGAUCUACAGAACCAGGUCGACAGGAUGCGAAAGUACUUCGAGAGGGUUUGCAGGUCAGUGAUUCUUGACCGAGAAGAAUAAAAACUGCGUCAACUCCGGAAGAGAAGAAAAUAAGGUUAUUAAACCGCACGAUUAGAGACCGGUUUUUUCUAUAAUAUCCGAACUGUCAUGAAAAUAUUUUCAAGUACACGGAGAAAAAUUUCAUGCGUUAUAGUAAGUAGA